CUGCCUGUCAUCUGGCACUCUGGGCUAAGGAGAGAGCAGCUCAUUCCAACUAGAGUGAGGAAAGGGAAGGGCAAGAGGAGACCAUGGCGAAAAAUGUGGCCAUCAUAGGAGCUGGGGCCAGUGGGCUGAUCUCUCUGAAGUGCUGCCUGGAUGAAGGACUUCAGCCCACUUGCUUUGAGAGGACGGAAGACAUAGGGGGCCUGUGGAGGUUCAAAGAAGAAGUGGAGGAAGGCCGAGCCAGUAUCUAUAAGUCUGUUAUCACCAAUACCUGCAAAGAAAUGUCCUGUUUCAGUGACUUCCCAAUGCCUGAUGACUUCCCAAACUUCCUACACAACUCUAAGCUCUUGGAAUAUUUCCGGAUUUUUGCCCAAAAGUUUGAUCUCCUAAAAUAUAUUCAGUUUCAGACUACUGUGCGCAAUGUAAAAAAACAUGACAAUUUUUCUUCUACUGGCAAAUGGGAUGUUAUUACUGAGAGAAAUGGGAAGGAGGAGUCAGCUACCUUUGAUGCAGUUAUGGUUUGCAGUGGUCAUCACGUACUCUCUAACAUGCCACUAAACUCAUUUCCAGGUAUUGAGAGGUUUAAAGGCCAAUAUUUCCAUAGCCGCCAAUACAAGAAUCCAGAAGGGUUCGAGGGGAAGAGAAUUCUGGUGAUUGGGUCUGGAAAUUCAGGCUCAGAUAUUGCAGUUGAGCUGUGUAAGAAGGCUGACCAGGUAUUUAUGAGCACCAGGCAUGGAUCAUGGGUCAUGGGCCGAAUUUCUUGCCAUGGCUAUCCUUGGGACAUGGUGUUCCAAACCAGAUUUAUCAACAUGCUCAGAAAUACCCUCCCACUGAAGAUUGUGAAAUGGAUGAUGGAGACACUGAUGAAUCGUUGGUUUGACCAUGAAAAUUAUGGCCUGGUACCCGAAAACAAGUACCUGAUGAAAGAGCCAGUGUUGAAUGAUGAUCUCCCCAGCCGAAUCCUCUAUGGGGCCAUCAAAGUUAAAACCACAGUAAAGGAGCUCACGGAAACCUCUGCCAUCUUUGAGGAUGGAAGUAUAGAGGAUGUUGAUGUGAUCGUCUUUGCCACAGGGUAUCAGAUUUCUUUUCCUUUCCUUGAUGAGUCCAUUGUCAAAGUGGAGCACAACCAGGUGAAACUGUACAAGUAUAUUUUCCCUCCGGACCUGGAGAAAUCAACUCUGGCAUUCAUUGGCCUCAUCCAGCCCCUGGCAUCUAUCUUCCCAACCUCUGAACUCCAAGCUCGCUGGGUGACAAGAGUUUUCAAAGGGCUGUGUACACUACCCUCAGAGAGCACCAUGAGGGCAAGCAUCGAGACGAGGAAUGCAAAAAGAAUUGAACUGUUUGGAAAAAGCCUGAGCCAGACUUUGCAAACCCAUCACAUCGACUACUUGGAUGAACUUGCCACAGAGAUAGGAGUCAAACCUGACAUUCUCUCACUCUUUAUAAAAGACCCUAAACUGGCCCUGAAAAUUUACUUUGGACCAUGCAAUCCAUAUCAGUAUCGCCUUGAUGGCCCUGGGAAAUGGAAAGAAGCCAGAAAUGCCAUUUUUACCCAGGAGCAAAGGGUUUUGAAGCCUUUGAAGACUCGCGUUAUGAAGGAUUCUUCCAUGGCUUCUAUUGCUUCUUUGUUGAAAGUCCUGGCCCUUAUUGCUAUUGUGUUGGCCAUUUUUUUCAAUAUUCAUUAAGUCUGGGUCAUAAUUGUGUAAGUUGGGGGAGGGAGAUUGAUGGAUUUUAGUAGGGAGAGUAUAAGUUCCUUGAGAGUAAGUAUGGUUUUGUUUUUAUUUUUGUCACCCAC